UCCUGAUCCUCACGUGGCUCCCCCACAGCGCAUCUUGGCUAGAGAAGCCAGCUGAAUGGAUACUGAAGCCAGGAGAACAGGAGCGUGACUGGGGAUGUCCAUGAAGCUGUGAAAACUGUGAGACAGGGCUAGAGCAAGAAGGGUUUCUGUUCCUAAGACCAAGAGAUCCAGUGCCUCUGAGACACAGCUAACUAGGGAAGACAUGGUGGAGGUAACGUCCUCCCCAGGGAUGGAGCAGUGGGAGCAUGUUGACAUGAUGUACAUCUCCAUCGAGUCCACCAUCGCCCUGGCUUCGGUGCUAGGGAACGUGCUAGUAAUUCUGGUGGUAAGCCUUAACCGGGCACUCAGGGACCCUACGUUCUGCUUCAUAGUGUCUCUGGCGCUGGCUGACAUCGCCGUGGGCACCCUGGUCAUCCCACUGGCCGUGGUCAUCAGUCUGGGGCUGAAGACUUCUUUUUACACUUGCCUCUUCCUCUCUUGCCUGCUUCUCAUCAUCACUCAGAGCUCCAUACUGUCCCUCAUGGCCAUCGCUAUUGACCGUUACCUGCGGAUCAGAAUCCCCACCCGGUACAGCAUCGUUGUUACGCAACAGCGAGCAUGGGUGGCUGUAGGUCUGUGCUGGCUCCUCUCUGUCCUCGCUGGAUUGGUGCCCAUGCUGGGCUGGCACCAAGCCCUGAGUAGUAACAGCAGCACAUCGCCCAUCGAGUGCCAGUUCAUGGCUGUCAUACGCAUGGACUACAUGGUUUAUUUCAACUUCUUUGGCUGGGUGGUAGGGCCCCUCACCAUCAUGACUGGGCUGUACGCUGAGAUCUUCCGCGUGAUCCGGUGCCAGCUGAACCGGCGUGCUGAGGCAGUUGCAGACACCAGCAAGUACUACCACAAGGAGCUGAAGCUGGCCAAGUCCCUGGCGCUGGUGCUCUUCCUGUUCACCCUUUGCUGGCUGCCUUUGCACAUAAUGAACUGCAUUACAUACUUCUGCCCCCAUUGUCAGGUGCCAAAGAGCGCGCUUUAUGUGGGCAUUUUCAUGUCGCAUGGUAACUCUGCCCUCAAUCCACUUGUGUACGCAUUCCGGAUCCAGCGUUUCCGCACGACGCUGAUUCACAUUGCCCAGCGCUGUGUGCUCUGCAAAGCUCACGAGUCAGGUCCAUAUCCAUCUGGCCCUCUGCCCAUCAAUGAGAAAACCUGAAACAACUUGUAUCAGUACCAGUUAAUCCUAAUGCUAAUCCUAAUUGCAGCAGAAAGAUGCUUGUUGACAGUGCUGCACUAUGGACACAUACAAAGCCAAAGCCCAAAAAUGUCCAUUUAUGCAAACUUUUGUUGUUUAAACAAGAAGUUAAAAAAAAUCUAUGCACUGUGAAACUAAGCUUUUUAAAAAUGUGAUCUGUGUUUAUAAAAUUUCAACAUUUUCAAGGCUUCACUGACUUUAGAAAAAAUUCUGUCUUUAUUGUAAAGAGCAUAAAAAAAGAAGAAUAUCAGUGUGGCCUGUGAUUUCUAUCUUUGUUUGCUUUCUGUUGUCUGCAAUUGUGGCUUUCAGAUGUUACAAUGAAAUAAAAAGUACAAUAAGCAGAGUAGAGAGCCACAUCGAGCCACUUCAGAUGCUGAUAAACAUGUUUUGCAGUGGCGAUUGUUUCUUUGGAGCUGACAUGAGCAG